AUGUCAAUUACUAAUAAAACAACCACUAAUGCCAAUACGACUUUUCCUCCUUCAAACGAAAAUACCAAAAAUGAUAAUGACAUACAACAAUUACAAAAAGAAAAAAAACAACUUGAUACCUCUUUUAAUUUAGGGAAAUCUCCGUAUCCGGCAUGGACGUUUUCUGCACUUUGUCUCGCUUCGUCGCCUCUGGGAAUGCGAAAAUUCCAGGGAGUCCCUUCGUAUUUUCAGUGUAUGGCGUUUGGAGCGAUAUUUGGGUUUUCUGGGUACAUGUUAAAACGCGAAGAGAGCUAUAUAUCACGUAUACUGGCGACAUCUAUAAUGGCGCGGGAACAUCAACAGUCAAUAAAAUCACGAAAACCAAUCCCAAUCACGCUUUCUACUGUCGCGUUGGCAAACGCGAUAGUAUACGGUAAAGAGUCUUGGUUUUGA